AUGGCUCUUCUUGUCUUUCACCAUCACCAAUUUGACCACGCAGAGCUAGACAAUCUUGGUGUCGACUGGGUGAUCCAUUAUCAGUUCGAAGACGUCGACACAUCUCGAGCAAUCAAGGAGUUUCAAAAUUUGAUCCGUGAUCUCAAAGGAGCACGCCUCCAAAUCCAAGUCCGACAUGGUCAUGGCGCGUCGUUGCUGGUCUGUGUCCGGGUCCCCCGCGACCACUUAGGACGUAUGAUUUACGAGUCGAGAGUAAAAGACUGGCUGUAUGGAAUUAUCCACGAACUCCCUGUUGGAAGGGACUACGCCGACGCUGAAACCCCCGCCGAAGAACUCCGAUCGGUCUAUCACGCUGUAACCUGGCAGAGAUACCUGGGUGGUGCUGGCGUCACCCCGAAGAUAGGAAAAUGGGAGAACAUCUCGUCUGCGUUUCCGCUUCAUGAUCAGGCUGCUAAUGCCGAGCUGCUGCGCAAGAUGGGUCGAUCGGUGACGCUGACCGAUGAGGAUUUGAACGCGAUUCGUGCUUUGUUUGGCGAGAAGACGGCAUUUUAUUUUGCGUUCAUCCAUUCUUAUUCAUCAUUUCUGGUUUUCCCUGCCGUAUGGGGAGUCAUCUGCUGGCUAUGUUUUGGCCCAUACUCCGUCAUCUGCGCAGUGGUCAACUGUGUUUGGUGCAUCAUUUUUGUCGAGUACUGGAAGAUCCGCGAGACAGACUUAAGCCUGCGAUGGAAUGUCAAAGGGGUCGGAGCGCUAAAGGUCAACCGACCACAGUAUGUCUGGGACAAGGAGGUGCAGGACCCUAUCACAGGAGAAACCGUCCGUGUGUUCUCCAUGCGAAAGCAGCUUCUGCGCCAGCUACUGCUUGUCCCCUUUGCUACGGUCGCCACUUUAGCGCUCGGCACUUUGAUUGUUGUCACCUUUGCCAUGGAAGUGUUCAUCUCGGAAGUUUACGCGGGCCCGCUCAAAGGGUAUCUGGAGUUUCUUCCGACCGUGCUGUUUUCUCUCUCGCUGCCGACAAUCACCUCGAAGCUGACGGACAUUGCCACUCGACUGACGGAGUACGAGAAUUAUCGCACACAAGAUCAGUAUGAUCUGGCGCAGACCGCGAAGAUGUUCGUGAUGAACUUUAUUACUGCGUUUCUACCAACUCUCUUGACUGCGUUCGUCUACGUCCCCUUUGGUGCGAAGAUCGUCCCUUACCUGGACAUCUUUCAUGUCACGGGCCUUCACUCGUCGAUGUCGACCGAGUUCCAGGUGGACACUUCCCGCUUCCAGCAAGAAGUGAUCUACCUUUCCGUGACAGGUCAAGUCCUAAGCUUUGGCGAGGAGGUCGUCCUGCCGUACGUGAAAAAGGUCCUUUGGAGAAAGUGGCGUGACUACCGUCUCAAGAAAACGCAAGCGGGCCGCCCACGCUCCCACUCCAAACUCACCGAUCUUCUCUUGGUCGAUUCCGCCGAGGAGGCAGCGUUCCUCACUCGGAUUCGCAAUGAAGCCGAAGCGGACGAGUACAACGUCCACGAAGAUACGCUCGAGAUGUGCGUGCAGUACGGAUACCUAGCCCUCUUUGGUAUCGCAUGGCCACUCGUCCCUCUACUCUUUCUCAUCAACAACUGGCUCGAACUGCGCGGUGAUUUCUUCAAGCUCAGCCUCGAAUGCCAGCGGCCGCCGCCAAUCCGCGCGGACUCGAUCGGACCGUCCCUCCAGGGCUUAGAGUUUCUGACAUGGCUCGGUACACUCUCGACUGCCAGUAUUGCCUAUCUCUACCGCGACGGGAUGAAGGAGGUCCACAUGUCCUCGCUGCUGCUGGUUCUAUUCAUCGUUGAACAGGUAUACCUGGCGGUUCGGUUUGGUGUGCGCACGGGACUGCAAAAACUUGGCUCAGGAACGCUCCGCUGCGAAGCUGCCAAACGCUAUGCGGUGCGCAAGAGUUACCUGGAGACGUUUUGUGCCAGGACGGCCCAUGGGAACGGGAAGCCGCGGGUGCGGUUCAAUGAGCAUGUGGAUGUGUAUAGCUCGUCGAGGGACUCAUCCCCGACAGAUCCCGUAGAAGCCAAAUCGGAAGAACUCAGGAAGGAGAUGCCGUAUGCGAGUGAACGGGAGGCGGAAUUUUGGGAGGGACAGCGCUGGACGGCGGAGGAGGUGGGGGUGAAGUUGAUCAAGGCGUUGAGUGGGGAGGAAAAGAAGAGAGUAGCCAACCGCCUCCGCAUCUUCUCCUCCACCCCAAAAUACAAAAACAGCCUCCUCGCCAGCGUCGGCUACCUCGAACUCGCCAACGCAGGCGACUUCGCCGCCAACGUCUGGAACGAGGUCCCCGUGCCCACCCACGCAAAGAUCUGCAUGGGGAUAUUCGGACCCAUCGCACUCCUAAUGACGCUGUUCGCAGCGCGGGAUCUCGCCCUGAGCUACGCGAACGUCCUCCUGCUACUCUCUGAACGGAAGGCCCUGAAAUCCUCCCAACCCGCCGCCCCCACCAGUACCGGAGGCGACGGCGUCGUCGAGCGGGGGCGUCUAGGCGUCAACACGCGCGAAAUCCUUACCGAGCUCCUGGAUCGCGUCCUCAUGGAUGUUUUGCUUGGGGCUGGGGCCCUGCUUGUCGGCACGGGCACGAUCAUGGCUAUCUUUGGCGAUGAGCGGACGGUCUUUGAGGCGUCGAACCUGCUGAGCGGGUUUGUGGGGAAUGCGCCGGCGGGGGUGUUUGGGGUGGUGAAUGCGGGGUG